UAAACCUGUAGAACCUCUGCUGACCUGCAGUCAGUCACACAGACCCGGACCGACAUGCUGAGGCUGCUGCUCCUGCUGCUGUCCACAUGGAUGGGCUCAGCAGCGGUCAGGGUUCCUUUGAGGCGGAUUCCCUCCAUCCGUACUCAGCUGAGAGCCCAGAGCUUGCUGGAGGACUUCCUGAAGGACAACAGACCUGACAUGUUUAACCGGCUCUACGCUCAGUGCUUCCCGCCUGGAACACCAUCACUCAGGCUCGGACGCUCCAGUGAGAAGAUCUACAACUUCAUGGAUGCUCAGUAUUACGGGGAAAUCAGCCUGGGAAAUCCACCGCAGAACUUCUCUGUGAUUUUUGACACCGGAUCAGCUGACCUCUGGGUCCCGUCAUCCUACUGCGUCAGCCAGGCCUGUGCAUUGCACCGGCGUUUCAAGGCCUUCGAGUCCAACUCCUUCCACCAUGACGGUAGAACAUUUGGGAUCCACUACGGAUCAGGACACCUGCUGGGAGUGAUGGGUAGAGACACGGUGAAGAUAGGGGAACUGACCACCAUGAAUCAAGAGUUCGGGGAGUCCGUGUACGAACCUGGUGCUACGUUUGUAACGGCAAAGUUUGACGGCGUUCUGGGACUGGCCUACCAAUCCUUGGCGGAGAUCCUCGGAAAUCCUGUCUUUGACAACAUGAUGGCUCAGAAGAUGGUGGACCAGCCGGUGUUCUCCUUCUACCUCAGCAGGAGAACCGCAACCAGCAUCCCAGAAGGAGAACUGUUGCUGGGUGGAAUAGAUGAAGAUUUGUACACUGGGCCAAUCAACUGGCUGCCUGUGAGUGCCAAAGGAUAUUGGCAGAUUAAGAUGGAAAGCGUGGCGGUGCAAGGCGUGAGCUCCUUCUGUCUUCGUGGAUGCCAGGCCAUCGUUGAUACUGGAACCUCCCUAAUUGGUGGACCGACCAACGACAUGCUGAGUCUGCAACAGCUGAUUGGAGCCACGCCCACAAAUAUUGGAGAGUUUCUCAUUGACUGCGGCAGAUUGUCGAGCUUGCCUCACGUCACAUUUGUCUUGGGUGGGAAGGAGUACACGCUGACAUCAGAGCAGUAUGUUAGAAAGGAGUUGUUUGGCAACAGGGAUCUGUGUUUCAGCGGUUUCCAGGCCAUUGACAUUGUUUCCCCUGAAGGUCCACUGUGGAUUCUGGGAGAUGUAUUUCUGACUGAGUACUACAGCAUUUUCGACAGAGGACAGGACCGAGUUGGCUUCGCCCAGGCUAAACACCCCAUUGAAUGAUGAGAACUCUUUAUACCCAGACGACCGUGUACAAGUCUGAGGAUUCUUCAUUUAUACCAAAUGACGAAAACUCGACAGUAAUGGGUGAACGUAGCCAAAAUGAUGAAAUGUUUACUUUUUGGUGUCUUAUUAAGAAACAGUCCCAAGUUGUAUUUAAAUAAUAAAUCUGGACGUUCACUACUUCUGCUAAAUUACCUAAACAAUUAAUUUUCACACUAAAACGGAGAGGAUUGUUCCUCAACCUCCUGAGUUACUAUAAUAAGGACUGGAGUUUCUUUUUUGACCACUAGAUGGCAGCGAAGAAGACUUUGUGUGUAUUUAGAGUUAUUAAAAACCAUUAAUCAUG